GUUGUUCUCGCAGCCGCACGCACUUGCGCGCGCUGCCCCGGCUCCUCGACCUCGUGUACGUCUCUCUGCACCCUCAUCUUCCUUUACAGGCCCCCCGCAAGAUCCAAGAUGUCCAAGGACAGCGGCGACGAUGCCGCCUCGCCUGCUGCCGCAACGGCGCGCGCCGCCUCGUCCAGCCUCUCCUCCUCCUCCUCCGACGGACACAAGCACGGCUUUCUGCCGCCCGUGCUCGGCCGCAGCACUAGCGAAGAGCAAGCGUCGGUCAUCGCAGCGGCCGUCGAGUCGCCCGAGGCCGACGCGGAGGCUGAUGCCGAGGCAGCCGAGGUGAAGCUCGAGCUGGAGCACCGCAGCGAGACGCUCGACGCUUCGGCCGCCGCUUCUCUCGCCACGCCUGCCUCACCGACGGCGAGCGCCACGAGCCUGUCGUCGCUGCGCCACGAUGCCCGGCUCUCGCUCGCCUCGCCCUCGCUCUCGCGCCCACCAUCUCCCGCCGCCGACGCCGCGCGCGCCGACAGCGACGCUCCCUCGCGCCCCACCGCCAUGCCGCACGCGGCCCCAGAAGCGGCGGCGUCUUCUAGCGCCGCCGCGAGCCAGAGUAGCGGAUCGGACGCUCCGCUGCCCGAGGAUGGCGCCUGUGCAGCAGCUGCGCCACCGCAGGUGCAGAAGCCACCCGCAGAGCAGGGCCUUGGCGCACCUGAGCAGAGGCGCCAGGCAGCACCUGAGCAGGCGCAGGCGCCCCUCGAGCUCGACUUCGAGGCGGCGCAGCAGGCCCGACCCACGUGCCUCGUCACGUCGCCCCGCGCGCCGGGCGCGGGCGACGCGUCGGGGCGCAGCGCCGGCCGCGUGUUGAUGUGUGCGUUGCCGCGCGCCGCGAGCGCCGGCAGCCGCAGCCGCAGUGAAGGGCAAAGCGGCGGUUGCCAACGGCCGCUCGGUGCUGCAACUGCGCCCGAGAACGAGGCGGACGAGCACUCCGCACGUUCGGUGCAGCGAGAUGCAGCGGCGGCAAAGGCCGCUGCCGUGGCGCAGCAGGAGCAGCAGGGCGCAGCAGCGGCCGGGAGCCGGGGCGCCGCGUCGGAGGCGCCUCCGCCGGCGCCGCUGCAGCAAGAGGAGGACGGGACGGAGCGUUCUAUCUGCGCCGCCGUCGAGGCCUCGAAGCAGCAGCCGCCGACGCUGCGCUCCGAGCGCAUCUCGUCGGGCGAGCAGACGGCGCAGUGGCGGCAGCUCGAGCAGGAGCACGAGGCGCGCCAUGCGGAUGCCGACUUGCUCGCCUCGUCGUCGUCGUCGGCGCCCUGCACGCCUGAGCCUAGUCGCGGUGCUGCAGCCUCCGACACGUCUGCAUCUGCGCUGCAGCUCGGCGCCGCUAGCCCUUCUCCUCCUCCUCGCGCUGCUGAUGCGUCGGGUGCUGAGCUCGCAGCCUCGGACACAGCAGGAGGAGAAGCAGCAGGACUCGCCACUUCGCUCCUCCCGACGCUGCCUCCACUCAACGUCCACCUCGCUCGCCUUCCCUCUGCGCAGCCCGCGUUCCAGGCCUACUCGUCGCCCACGCUCCCCUUACCUCUACGCCGCAGCUCUUCCCGCCAUACCCUGUCACCUGCCAUCCUUGCCGCCGUGCGCCACAAGCCGCAAGAUACGCUUCCCUCGACGCUGCAACGCAGCAAGACUUGCCUGGACGCCCCGGCGCGCCCUGCUGCGCCCCUACAAGCGAAGCAGCAGCAAGAGCGGCCGGCUUCCUCCUCUCCGCCCUCAUCUCCUCCUCCCAGUGAGCCUAGCUCCACGACCGCCAGCACCCUCAGCGCAACGCUCCACACCUUCUCUCGCCCUCCGCCAUCCUGCGAGUCGCGCCGCAGCAGCAGCGUCUGCUCGUCGCCGAGCACCUCGACCUGCCUCGACUGGGGCAGUGACGCUGCCUUCAUCCCGCGCGCCGCCCGCCUGGCAGCGGCAGCGCCGGCGCCCGAGCCGGAGAAGAGCAGCGGCACCAUGCAGCGCCUGCUGCGCAACAAGGGCAAGGAGCCGGUGCGCGCCGACUGGGAGGCCUUGCCGCCCGGCAGUCCGUCGCCCAGCAAGCGCCACGCCGACGCCGCUGCUCCCGCUGGGGAAAGCAGCAGCGGCCUUGGCGGCGGCGCGGGCAAGCUGGCGCGCCCGCGCAGCUGGAUCGCAGGCAUGGCGGGCAUGCUGCCUUCGUCCUCGUCGUCGCAGUCGCUCGUAGGUCUGCCGUCCGCUGCGCCGCCCGCGGCGCCCUCGCGCUUCGCCCGUGUGCGCGGCAAGUCCGUCGGCGCCGCGGCGGCAUGGGCGGCGGCGAGCACGCCGGACCUGCACGCCGCGCCGGGCGGCCCAGACGAGCAAGCCGCGGCGGAGCCGGAGCGCCGCUUGCGUCCGCCUCCCAUCUCCCAGCUCGUCCUUGCGCCGCACGCCACGUCCGAUCGCGCAGCGGCACUGGCGGCGCUGCGAGAUGUAGAGGUGCUUGCUGCGGUGGAUGCGCAGCACCAUCAGCGCGAGCUGCCAGCGCGAGAUGCACGCCAUCGACUGCGCUCCAUUUCGAGGGCAACGGCGGCGAGAUCGGUGCCCAUUCUCGGCCGGCACGACGCAGAUGAUGACGACGAAGACGCAGUGGCACCGCACGUCGUCGCCCCGCCCGCGCUACGCAGUGCACUGAAGCCCAGCGGCCCUGCCCACCUCGUGCGGGAUGCGCAGCCUGGCCCACUGCUGGUGCGCAACCUCGACACUGCGCCGCGCGGCAGCAUCACGCCGGCGCUGCGGCACGACGAUCCGAAGCUGCGCAUGACAAACCCGUGGAAGCGCAUGGAGUGGGGCGCGGCUGAGAAGGAGGACGCGCCUGAGCCGCUGCAGCCCAUGCGAGGCCUGGUCGACGCGAAGGACGAAGAGGAGCGAGUGGAGCACGGGAUCGCGGCCGAUCGGCAAGCUGGCACAAGCAGUGCAGCGGAGAAUGCCGUGCUGGACAUGCUCGAGGCCAUGAACUCGACCGUCGACACGUUCGACAAGCCAAGCACGCUCUUGCGCCUUGCGCCUCCCUCUGCGUCGCCCACGCGCUCGCAACGUCUGGACUCGGCAGGCAGUCGCUCAAGUGUCUCAACGACGGACAGCACUUGUCCACCCGCGCCCGCCUCAGCCACGCUCAGCCCCACGCGCCGCUCCGUGCGUGCGUUCGCCGAGGCCUUCGAGCAGCAGAGCGGGACAGGUGUGCCUUCGCCGCCGCUCAACGGUGGUGGCAGACCCGCGUCAAAGCGCAGCCAUUCGAGCUUCUCCGGCGCCUCGAGCGACUCGGCACGCAGCAGCGUGCGGCGGACGGUGCACGAGCUGCAGAGCCGCGACGACGCCGCCUCUGCGGCAAGCCAUGCUACUGCUGCCCUGCGUGCGCCGCACGUGCGAGGCGGCAGCGUCAGCUCCGGCACGGCAACGUCGUUCCGCUCCGCCAACAGCUCGCCGCCCAAGGCAUCGGACACUGCCACGCCCGCUGAGACGCUGUUGGGUUCUGCGCCGCGCCCUCGUCCGCCGGCGCGUCAGCGUCUGCACGAGGUCAGUGCCUCCAAGAUCGCCAGCUGCAGCACCGGUUCGUCAUGGCCGCGGCCUCGCACAAGGGCCCAGAGCCUCGUGCCCCAAGCUGCCGAUGGCUCCGACGACCGGCGCUCUCCAUUGCGCUCGCCUGGCGAGAGCAGCUUCACGGUGUCGUCGCAGGCGCAGAGCUCGUUGCUGUGGGGCAGCGGCAAGCCGACGCCGGACUCGCCUUCGACCAUCGCUACUUCGCCGGAGCUGCCGUCGAGCCGAGUCGGUGCCUUUGGUAACCGCGGCACAGGCGACGGCAAGCACAGCGCCACCUUUCCGCCGCUCCUGCGUCGCCUGCAGACGGACAUGACGGCUGCUACGUCGCUCAGCUCCGGCACAAGCCAUGCCAGCAAAGCCACUCAGGAGGCGGUUGAGACCAACGAGACCGCCUCGUCGUUGACGCAAGAGCGGCGACGCAGCGAGGCGGUGGGCUCGACGCGCACCACCUCGGUGCUUUCUGCUGCUUCUUCAAGCUCACAGCCGAACCUGACACGCCUUGCGAGCCAGUCAACGGCCAGCGCCGCGAGCUCUCGUUGUUCGCCGCUGCGCAAGAGGGAGGCGAGCUCGGAGAACCCCGCCUCGCCCAGCAGCGUCAGCUUCGCGCCGUCGGCCAUCUCCAAGGACGCCGUCGCCGACACCCCGUCUGCAACGCUCUUCCAGACGCCGCCGGCUCGCCUGCGCCUGGGCUCCACGGCCGAAGAGGGCUUCUCGCCGGCGCUGCUCAAGACGCCCUCGCCGACCAAGGCCAAAGACCUGAUCCGCUUCUUCGAGCAAGGCCAGAGCCCCGCAUCGCCCCGCACGCCGCGCGACGACGCGCCCGCCACGCCGGCGUCUGCCAUUGCGCAUCGUUUCCGCACCGCACUGGCCGCGUCGAACAGCAAUGCGUCGAUCAGCGCCGACGCGACGGCAGACGAGCUGUGCACGCCGCCGAAGCUGCUGUUCCGCCUGCCGGCCGAGGCCAUCGCCGGCAGCACCGAGGCAGACCCCGUAGCGCUCAAGCAUGCCGCCAUUGCGCGUGCUCGGCCGCGCAUGCAGCGCUCGCGCCUCGGCGUGCUCGCCGGAGCGGCGGCAGGCUCCGAUGCCGACGACGAGAAUGCGCCUCCCGACCCGGACUUCUCGCCCUCCGGGCCCUCGCCGCGCAGAGUGUCGGGUCUGCGCAAGACGAGCCGCCGCACUUCGUCGUCGCAUGACCUGUCGCCCCUGCGAGAUGCGCCUUCGACGUCUCCGCUGCGCCGCGAGCGUGCCUCGGCGCCGCCUCCGGGAGGCAUUGGCGAGCCGCUCAGCGAUGCAGCUGCACACACGGAGCCGAGCCCCACUCGGCGUCUCGGCGGCUUCAAGAGCAGCGUGCGCAACAUUGUCUCGGCGUUCUCCAACAAAGGCAGCUCGGGCGCCGACGGAGGUGCAGGAAGUGCUGCGCAAUGCCACUCUUGGGCCGGAGGCGACGCUGGCGGCGGCAGACCGCCAUCGGCCUGGCGCGAGUGGAGCCACGAGCAUCCGGGCAUCUCGCGGCAGGACACGACGGGCACACAUGCAACGGCCAAGACAGACGACGAAGGCAGCGUCACGACGGCGCUGACGAUGGGCACCAUUGCCUCGUACCGCCGGCGCUCCGAGACGGGCGACUUGCCGCUCGACACGCGCGGCGCGCUGGAGCUGAUCAGCGAGGCGCAGCAGCGCAUCCCGCCGCUGCGCCAGGGCCCGCUGUACUACUUCAACGUGCACAGCCGCGUGGCGCACUGGCAGCGCGCACAAGCCGUGCUGCUGCCGACGGCGCUGGCCCUCAGCUGGAUCCCCGCCGGCGGAGGGCGCGAGAACAUCGUCCUCGACCUGCGCGCCUGUCGCGAGGUGCACUCGGUGCCCGGCCCACUGCAUCCGAGCAGCCUGCGCGACGCAGGAGCCAUCGCUGCGCGGCAGCAGGACCUCAUGGUCAUCAGCUCAUUCCAGCUCAUCUUUGACGACGGCGUCGAGCGCUUGGCCGUCGACACUGCCACGGACCGUGUGCACUGGGUCAGCUCGCUGUGGGACGCGCUCGGUCUCGCGAGGGACGAGGCUCCUCAACAGAGCAUCUCUCCUGCCGAGCAAGCCACACCAGCCUCCGUCACGCAGGCUGUGCAACUCCUCAGCGAGCAGAGCAAGCCCUCGCAGCGCGUGCGCCGCAAGCCGGUGUCUACCAUCACGGAGGUCAGCUCAGAGCAGACGGCGGGCCAUCAGACGACUCUGUCGCGCGAGCGGCCGCUCUCGGACAACAACACGGCCGGCGGCGCCACGAUUGAGCGCAUCGGCGCCGUGUGGAAGAGCGAACUCUCGUCGGACAAGAGCGAGCGAGGUGUGCCUACGAUUGCCGCAGCGCUGGCUACUGGCCCGCCGGUGCCUCCGAAAGAAGGCCGCCAUGCCGCCUCUCGUCUCGCCAAGGCUUCGGGUCGUGGACGCCUGGCAGAGGCAUCUCAGCCACUCGCGUCGAAGGUCACUUCUGUCUCUCCCGGUGACGCGGCCCGCUCGCAGCCCGCGUCGCUCGAGGAUGUCAAUGCCUCUGUCGGUCGCCCGUCACGGCCUCGCACGCUCACGGGCUCGACGUUGCAGGCACAGUCUGACGCAGACGGCCUCUCGCAAGACAAGGCCGACUCCGAGCGCAGCCACGAUCCAUAUGCGGCAGGCUCGACGUUCACACCCAGCGAACACUACGAUGACUUCGGCCCGCAGUCACCGCCCAGCGACUUCACGUGGUCCUACAGCGAUGCCGGGCGCGAGCUUGUGCCGAGCGAUUCGGCGAGCCAGCGGCCGCCACGCAGCGACUACGAGGGUUCGGAGCGCCAUUACUCGGUGCGCGGUGCGGGUGGCUCCGCAGAGGAUGCGGCAGCUGCGCAUGCUGCCGCCCUCCGGCUGCAGGCCGAGACCGCUGCCUCACCAUCGGACGAAGAUCAGACGUCCGAGGAACGAGCUGUGACGCCUCCGGAUGCAUCAACGCCUGCGCAGGCCGUUCGCGAGUCGGCAGACGUCGUGCUUGCAGAAUACACGGCGCAUCUGCUCGACACGGUGAUCGAGGAGACGCAGUCGCAGGCACAGAGCUUCGCGGGUCGCUCGCGAGCUACGACGCGUCGCUCGUCGGGCAUGCGCUCCGCCUUCAUCGCCGGCGAGAUCCAAGAGGAAGAGGAGCUUCGCACGCCAUCUCCGCGCAAGCACGCACGCUCCGUGAAGAGCCAAGCUUCGUCAUCUGGCCAGACGACCGGCAGUGUGGGCUCACAGGACGUCGCACGGCUGCUGGAGUACCUCGAGACACAGCAGACGGAGCGGCAGGCGCGCGAUGCAGUGCUCGAGGAGCAGAUCCGAGGCUUUCAAGAUGCCAUCACGAGCCUGCAGCGCAAGGAGACUGGCUCAUCGAAGCGUAGUGCCCGCCGCAGCAGCACAACGUCGACGGGCGAGGCGAGCCUGCGCUCGGCUGCACGUGACGCUGAGCUCGCCGCCGUGCAGGAGAAGCUGGACCGCGUGCUGAACCUCGUUGGCAACGUCUUCGAGGGGCAGGCGAGGCUCGAGCGUGAGGCCAAGGAGCGCGACACGACUGUGCUGGCGACGCCAUCGGUCGUCGCCUCUCCUCCGCCGCAGGACCUCUCGCGCAUCGAGGACACGCUGCAGACGCUGCUGAAGCGCAUGCAAACCCCGGACGUGAGCUCGCUAUCGGGAGCGGCCUCCAGCUCGUCUCUGCGCGGCGGUCUGCCCGCCGUGCUGGACCCGGCCAACCGCGCCCGCUUCCUCGAGCGCGGCAACGUCAACAUGCGCGAGAUGAGCUCGCGGGACCGCGCCAUUCUCGCCGAUCGCCUGGUCGGCAGAGUCACUCGCGGACGCUCCAGCGCACCGGCUGCCGUCGAGGCGGAUGCCACGCCGCGGUCGUUCGUCAGCCAGUGGACUCGCACCGUCGCUUCGCCUGGCCUGGCAGACCUCGGCACGCCUGGCAUGUCUGCUUCCAUCUCGGACUCCGACCUGCUCACGCUCGACGACCGCAUCCCGCCGCGCAGCUGGAUCUCGGCUGAAGGCGUGCCCUGUCCUCCGCCGAACACCGACAAUGCCUCGCUGCUCUCGCGCGACGGCGGCUCGCGGCCGUCGCGGGAUCUCUUCUUCGGCGUGCCCGGCAGCUCCUCGCGCGCUGCUCCUCGCGCUGCGUUCGCGCCCGACGCAAGUCCAGUCAGCCUCGACAUGGAGGCGGAAGUGCGCCGACGCCGCGGACGCCAUCCCGAGACGGCAGUGCACGGCGGCGGCUUCUUCACGCCUCGCACGGCAAGCGGCGCGCCACAGGCUCCCGAGAAGGACGGACCGGUGCUGCGCCUGGCGCGCCAACGCAAUGCCUCCGACUCGACUGAUCACACCGGCCUCGGUCUCUCCCUGCCGGACAGCUCCAAGGUCGUCGGACGUGACAAGGUCGGAGCGGCCGGUGCAGCGCGCCCGGGCGACGAUCCUGACGGCACACCACGUCCGCCACCGACGCCCAGCACACCAAGUGCCGAGCUCUCCGCCGUGCUGCAGGCGAUCAAGGACAACGAAGAGGCGCGCACGGCGCAGCAGAAGCAGUCUGCCGACAUUGCGCGCUACCUCAACGAGCUCAACUCGUGGCUCGAGCGCGACGUCGUCGACCGCUCCAAGGAGUGGCGCACGCUCGUCACGGGCGUCACGCAGCUGCACGAGGAGCUGGCACAGCUCAAGGGCGGCGGCGUCGGCAUGCCGGCCGCAGCGGUGGCAGGCGCGAUGCUCGCCGGCGACCAGGCGCAUGCGGAUGGCCAGCGACCGGCAAGCGCUGCGAGAGGCUCGCGGCCGCUCCCCACGCCGGGCGCCGAGCAUUUCGCAGGUCCGCCGACGUCGCUGAUGCCCGCCGGCCGCGUGGCGCCGCCGCCGCCCGGUGCGCCUCCGGGCAAGGGCGUGCAAUUUGCUGAGCCUGGCGGCGGCGUAGCGGCGGGCCUCAUCAAUGCGCUGCCCAUCUCGCCGCCCAAGGGCAAGCCGGGCACGCGCACGUGGCACGCACAGCCCUCGCCGGGCGCGCUGCGCAACCAGGAUGUCUGGGCGACGUCGGGCUCGCAGCCCAAGGUGGACAAGGCGGCGCUGAAGCGGGCCAAGCGGCGCAAGUCGCUCUCGCGCAUGAAGCGCUUCGCCGCCGCGGCCGGCGGAGCGGCGCUGGUGCACGUGGCGCUGGCGGAGUGGGAGAAGCACAAGGCCGAGCAGCGCAACGAGGGCAAGCCGGAGGAAGGCGCCGCAAAGCCCGACGCCAGCGGCAAGUACCCCGAGCGUGUCGAGGUGCCGGACCACAUGGUCGCCGAGCUCAAGGAGGCGGCGGCCAAGGGCGAUGAGCACCAGCUGCGCGAGAUCGUCAAGAAGGCCGCCGAGGUCGGUGCAGGCGGCGCGGCCGUGGCCAAGAUCGCAGAGCACUUCAAGCAGAGCGACACGGCAGACGAGGCGACCGACGGCAGCGACGACGACUCGGACGACACGCUGGCGCCGUCCGACAUGACGGCGCGCGUGCAGGGCGACGCCACGUCCGAGGCGCGCCGCAGCAAGCGCAGCAAGGGCUCGGCCAGCUCGGCCGGCUCCGCAGCGGGCGCCGCGGCGGGCGGCGGGGCACUGGCGCUGGCCGUCGAGGAGAUCCUCAAGCACCUGCUCGAGAAGAAGGAGGAGGAGCAGCGGCGUCUCGACGAGGUGGCCCGGCGCGAAGCAGCGCGAGACGAGGCGCUGCGUGCGGCCGAGGCGGAGCGCGACGAGCGAGUGCUGACGCUGCGCGAGCGCGAGCGCAACGAGCUCGUCGAGCUCAUCAUGAGCAAGCUGGAUGCCGAGAAGAGCAGCCAGCUGCAGACGGCGGCGCAGGCGGCGGCGACGACGGACGAGUCGCUCAAGGCGCUGGCCAACGACCUGCUGCGCACCACGUCGGAGCAGAACGGGCGCCUCGUCGAGGCGGUGCACGCCGCCAGCCGCGAGAUGCUGCGCACCAACGUCGAGACGCACGCCGAGGAGCUCAAGCGCGUCCUCUCGCAGCAGGUCGCCGGCAUGUUCGAGGACGUGGGCAAGAUCCGCGAGGCCAAGCGCGCGCUCGAGCUCGAGAUUGCCGACCUCUUCAUGCUCAAGAGCCGCCACCUCGGCGGCGUGAUGCCGGUGGCGGCCAUGCCCAUGCCGUACCCGACGCCGAGCGUCCUGCCGGCCUCGCCGCCCGCCUCCGUCACGUCGAGCGUGGGCAAGAAGGCGGCCAAGGAGAGCGGGCGCGGCGCACUGCCGACGCCCGCGGCGCAGGUGCCGUGGGCCAUGCCCGUGCCGAUGCCCGUGCCCAUGGACUACGGCCCUGCGGCCGGCGCAGGCGGCGGCGGCGAGCCUCCGAAGCCGGCCAAGCGCGACUGGCUCUCGCCGCUCUCCUUUGACUUCUCGCCGCACCCGCGCAAGUGA